CGACCAGCACCUUCUCUUUGCUCCUCUGCCAGAUAGAAAACGCAACACAAUCCAUGGAGGCUGAACCCGCACCGGAACCCGGAUCCACAAGCUUCCCCUCCGCCGUCAACGGCGGCAAGACGUUGGAGGAAUGUCAAACCAUGAUCCAGAGGAGCCUCCGGACUCCGGUGGUGAAAUUUCUGUUGAAGCAUUUGGAGCAGUCUGGGUGUGGGAUUGGAGACAGGUUCAUCAAGGCCAUUAAUUGCAACAAGCAGAUUGCCGGCGGUUAUGUUCGUGGCGAAGGGAUACUGGUGUGUGGUAAUCAUAUGACAAUGCAAGACGAUGUCAACCAAGUAGUGAUACACGAGCUAAUUCAUGCUUUUGACGAUUGUCGUGCUAAAAACUUGGAUUGGUCUAAUUGUGCUCAUCAUGCUUGCAGUGAGAUUCGUGCUGGCCAUCUAAGUGGUGACUGCCACUAUAAAAGGGAAUUGUUGCGGGGUUUUGUAAAGAUUCGAGGUCAUGAACAAGAUUGUGUGAGACGAAGAGUUAUGAAAUCAGUUAUUUCCAAUCCGUAUUGCUCAGAAGCAGCUGCAAAGGACGCCAUGGAAGCUGUUUGGGAUGUAUGUUACAAUGAUACCCAGCCCUUUGACAGAGCUCCUUAAGAAACAGUAAUAGGUAUUUGCCUGAUCGCAACCAGUCAACUCCAUGUUUCAAAAUUUUAAUCUGGCAUUCCAGAAGAUUGUCCAUUAAGAGAAACAGGGUUGUUCCCUGAUUAUUUUUUUUGGCUGCAUAAGAUAUAUUCAUUUAAAAAAUUAUUUUCUUUCUUUACAUGGCUGUAUGAGGAAAUUUUACUGUAUCAGAUUGUCAUACAGAUUGUACACCGACAACGGUUGUUUUUUGUGCUUACGUUUCAAAAUAAUGCCAAUUUAUCAUGCUCAUUUUUCCUUCAAA